AUGGACUGGUGCAAGACCCCGGCACCAGGACAGCACUCGCGUCCGCGAACUGCUUUCCGCCUAGCUCUCGGUUCAUUCACAGAAGAUUCACGAAAUAGACUCGCGAUUAUAGGGCUACAAGACGAGCGAGUGUUGAUCGAAGAUGACUAUGAUUACGAGCAGCAUGCGGAUUUCGUUUCCCUUGUCGAGGCACAUCAUGGAUACCCUGCGACCAGCGUGCAGUGGCAGCCUGCAACUGCGGCUACAUCGGGAUCAGGAAGUGCAGGGUCUGAGCUGCUUGCUACCUCCGGUGAUGCCCUUCGUGUCUGGGAGUAUGCGAGUGAUAGUACUAGUGCACAGGGUGGUACAUAUGUCGGCAUGAAGCAGGCUAGCGGUGUGCACCGAUUAACACUUAAAAGUACCUUAUCGGGGUCAAAAGUUCAGCAACCGGGAAAUACUGGUGCUCCCAUUACCAACUUCUCCUGGAAUGAAAAAUCCCCCUCAAUGAUAGUCACUUCCUCGAUUGAUACAACAUGCACCGUGUGGAAUAUCGAAACUGCGAGCGCAGUAACUCAACUCAUCGCACAUGACCGUGAGGUCUACGAUGUAGCUUGGUUACCUGGAUCAACAGAUAUCUUUGUCUCCGUCGGUGCGGACGGUUCACUACGAGCAUUUGACUUACGAUCGUUAGAGCAUUCCACAAUUCUGUACGAAACACCCACACCGAAGCCACAAAGCGUUGCUGCCGCGAGUGCAGCUGCAGCUGGUCGACCGGCAACAGCACCUUUGCUGCGGAUCGCAUUCAACCCUGCAGAUGCGAAUUAUAUGAGCACGUUCCAUAUCGACUCAAAUGACGUGCAGAUACUGGAUAUGCGAAGUCCGGGACAACCUGUGCUGGAGUUGAAGGCACAUAAAGCACCGAUUAAUGCCUUAGGAUGGGGAUCAGCUGAUCAGCCUUUCCUUGCUACAGCAGCGGACGACUGCCAACUUCUUCUAUGGGACAUCACACAACAGCCUGCACGACCUCCAUCUCAGAGCGCUCGUGGCCCGAAUUCACCUCGCACGUCGGGGACGUCCACGACUGCCUCACCUAGCGGUUCAUCGUCGUCUUCAUCAACCAAGAAAGCGAAAGUCCUAACAGACCCGAUAUACGCAUACACCGCACCCGCGGAAAUUGGUAAUAUAUGUUGGAGUCCGCAGAUUGCUGGGAUGACGAUGGCAUCGGGCCAUUCGACUGCGCCUGGUGAAUGGCUCGGUAUCACGAUGGGGAAGAGUAUCAAAGCUCUUAAAGUAUGAGCUCGAACUUGCUUUGUGAUGUUCUGUAUUUCUUUGCUCUUCGCGACUUAUCCCCUCCGUUUAAUGUUCGUGUUUGUUGAACUGGAAUUGAUUGAGCUGGUCUU